AUGCCUCCAAUACCAGUGCAUAUCGACGAUCCAAUCACGCCUAUCAAGGCUCAAGGCGUGACACCACAGACUACUGCGGCAGCGCCGGGAUCUCGGGGUCCAGCAAGCAACAUAGCAACGACCACUACAGCUGCUGCGCCGGCGUCGUAUCCACCUGCGCAACCAGGCGCGGCAGCAUUACCAGCGCCGACACCAUACCUCCCUCGAGCACAACCUGAACCAACACGAACCACAGCAAGAGGGACAGAAGACCAAUAUGCUCCUCCACCACCACAGCCAGGUGCAGUACCCACACCGUUCAGUCGCCAAGCACCAACAACAACCAGCACCCUCCCACCACCACCCCGAGCAGGCGAAACACCCCAAAAGCAAGGCACAGCAUUCACCAGCAUGCUAAACAGCAUGUACACCCCCCCCACACCCGCCCAAAACCUAUCACAGAACUAUGCACCCACACAUUCAACAAGUACAGCUGGAACGCAACCAGGCCAAGCAACAACACCCUUACGAAGCGGUCCCACAACCCUCAACCUCGGUCCCGUAGCCUCGCCGGCAGUAGGUACAGCACAAGACCGGCGCAUCAGCUCCGACCACCCACCCGGCUACGUCCAAAACGCCUACGCGCAGGAUAUGUCUCCCGCGCAACGAGCUAGUCUAGAUCAGGAGACGCGGAGGGAGAGUUUCGUCACGCAGCUUGGUCUGGGUAGUGAUGGGAUGAGGAGUGGAGGAGAUGGUGGGGGGAGAGGUGGUGGUGGUGAGGGGUGGGGUGAGGGGGUGGAGGGGGCGUGGAGUGCGGCUAAGGGGUGGUUGGGGAAGGCGGGGACGGCGAUUGCGGAGGGGGAGGAGCAGGUUUGGAAGAGGAUUAAUGGGCGGUGA